AUGGACAAGUUUUUGAAAAGGAAAGAACUGGACUCUGAACAAAAUCUGGAGCCAGAUGAGAGCCCGAGUAUGAGUGGGGGUCAAAAGAAAGCAAAGAUGGUUAAAUUCUCUGGCGCAAGGCAAUAUAGCGAAAGCUAUAUUUCAGUUGGAUUUACUUUCACUGGAGAUGAACACAAACCAACUCCACUGUGCGUGGUGUGUGGUGAAAAGCUAGCUAACCCUGCUAUGGUCCCAAGCAAACUUAAACGCCAUCUCCAAAUGAAACACCCUUUGCUUCAAAACAAGAAUGUGGACUAUUUUGUUCGCCUGCGUGACAACAUGGAGAAACAGGCAACUUUUAUGAGAAAAACAACAAAGGUAAAUGAAAGAGCUCUUAAAGCUAGCUAUCAAGUUGCUGAACUUAUAGCCAAGACAAAAAAGUCGCACACUGUGGCAGAGACAUUAAUACUUCCUGCCUGCAAAGCUAUUGUAGAGGAGAUGCUCGGACCUGAAGCAGCAAAGGAAAUAGCCAAAGUCCCUCCUCAAACAACACAAUUUCCAGACGUAUUAAUGACAUGUCUGCAGACAUCGAAAGUGUGGUUUUGGAAAAGAUCCGUAUCAGUAUUGCCAGAAAAAACAACAGGAGAAGAAAUUUUUCGGGUCACAUCAGAAUACCUUGAACAAGGAGGACUUAAGUGGGAAAACUGCACAAGUGUCUGCACCGAUGGAGCUGCAGCCAUGAUCGGGCGCACCAAAGGCCUUGUAAGCAGAGUGAAGGAAAGAAAUCCAGAUUAUUACGCAUUGUUUUUUACACCGCGAGGGCCUCGUAGCCAAGACUACCAUCAGCCUUAG